GCCCCCUCAGAAGUAAACAUUGUGUCGCUUGUGUCCUUGUGUAGUUAGUUAAUUAUCUUUGAUUUGAUACUCAAUAAACUCUUUGGCAGUUUGGGACUUGCAGGAAUAAAUAAAUGGUACUUCUUGAUUUCUUUACGAUUACUUCUAAUAAUUUUAUUGGUGGCCAUUGAGCAAAAAAUCGAGUUGAAUGAUAUUUUAAAAAGAUAACUAUGACUGCUGUUGUGGCAAAAGUUCUCGCGAUCCUCAUUGUUAUUGAGACUGUUGCCUCCAGAAUCCACAGGCUGCCUCUUACGGAUGAUGAGCGUCAUUAUGUCGACCUAACCACAUUUGGGUUCUACCAAGGAGGAAUUUUGGAUGUUCAUGUGAUCAAUUUUGUACUACCAUCUGGCCCUGUCUACGGAGAGUAUGGAUUUACACUUGACCGAACACUCAACGACGCAAUCAACCCAUACCUUGAAUCACACUCCGAUACAUGCAUUUUUAAAGGUUUUGAGAAAAAUAGAACACACCAUGGCACUGUGUUUCUGAGAAUGGAUUUCAAGAAUCUAAGAAUGAACAUUACCUGCGAAGGGGAAAUAUUAGCGCUGCACCUGUAUCAGAAUAAGUCUAUGAUACCUAUCGAAAAUGAGCACCCCAACAGUUCCCAAAUGCUUACAACCCCUGAUAAUGAAAAAAUCAAGGAUGUUCCAAAAAAUCAGUGUUCAAAUGCCGAGAUACAAAUUACAAAGGAAACACGCAAUGGUUUCGACUUCUACAAUACCAGUUUCGCAAUGUAUGUGGCGUCCACACACGAGGAGGGUUUAUACAACGUCUAUUUCCACUAUUGCCCGCAAAAUACCGGUCCGGUGAUACCUACUAAUGCUGUGAUUGAAAUAUUCGAAACUAACAAGUACAGUUUCCUUUCGGCUGGCGAGAUGCCCCUUCCAGCUAUAUAUAGCAUGAUGUCACUGAUGUUCUUCAUGAGUGCCUUUUUGUGGACGACUCUCCUGAAGAUCAGUAUCCACAAAGUGUACAAGAUUCACUACAUUAUGUGUGUGCUGGUUUACCUGAAGGCGAUCUCGUUGGCGUUCCAUGGAAUAAACUAUCACUUCAUACAAACUAAAGGGGAGCACGUCACCGCUUGGGCAAUACUCUACUACAUCACACAUUUACUAAAAGGUGCAGUACUAUUUGUGACCAUAGUAUUGGUUGGCACUGGUUGGAACUUCAUAAAACACAUACUUGCGGACAGGGAUAAGAAGAUAUUCAUGAUUGUCAUACCGUUACAGGUGGUAUCCAACGUGGCCGAGAUCAUAAUAGCGGAGAGCGAGGAAGGCGCGGUGGAACACAACGCUUGGAGGAUCCUGUUCAUUCUCGUCGACAUGCUGUGCUGCGGCGCCAUCAUGUUCCCCGUCGUAUGGUCGAUUCAUCACCUGGAGGAUUCCUCAACGACCGAUGGCAAGGCGGCUGUGAAUCUACGGAAGCUCAAGUUGUUCCGACACUUCUACAUCAUGAUCCUCUGUUACAUAUACUUUACAAGGUUUAUCGUCACUAUACUAGAGAACACAGUGCCGUUUCAAUUGACGUGGGUGGACGAGAUGUUCCGUGAAAUGGCGACAUUCGUGUUCUUCGUGACGACGGGCUACAAGUUCCGUCCCGCCGCCGCCAACCCUUACUUCACCCCCGCACAGUUGGAGGACGACGAAGCACAAGUAUUAUCGGAAAUAGGAGUGCUGGAAGGCCUGACAAACAGAGAGAAACGGAGAGAAGACAUGCAACCUUUAUUGCUAGAUAAUUCAGAUUAGGAUUAUGUAUAAGUGCUAGUAUAGACAUUCCAUUUUACGAAGAAGAUUUGAUUUUAGUUGUCAUAUUUAAUUAUCAACCGCGUUUGUAUAUGUUAAUGUUAAAUUGUAAAAUACGUUAGUUUAUAAUCUCACUCGCGAUAUUGUAAUCUGUCGAUAUAAUGUGAACUGAACAUACUGAUUACAAUUUAACGUGUAAUUUUUCGGUAUAUUAUAAUCUAUCGAAGUGAAACCGUUAAAUUGCAAUCUUAAAACGUCCACUGUCCGAACUUGCCCCUGAUUAAUUGGCCUUACAGUAGACCGUUCUGUGCCCAUAGAGUUAGGAAUGAAACACAUAUGUCAGUCAAUAAAAUACUUCAAGAAUUGUGACACCACGUAUUUAUUUAUUAUACCUAAAGACUGGCUGACUGACUUAAGUCAGUCUUAGGUUCAUGUUCUAAACUAAUUUUUAUGUAACCUUACUUUAGAUUUGACAUAACAUAACAAAGCUUAUAAUUAACAACAUUUUAAAUUUUACAAUACAACAUUUAAAUAAGAACAGUGUUAAAAUUAAGUUAAAUAAUUAAGAAACGCACUGACCACCCCCUCGAUUUUCUUUCUUUUACUAUUUUCUUUGAUUUGUCCAUUGUAAUUUUUUACUAUUACUAUUACUUAUUAUUAUUAUAUUACUAUUUUAUUAUGUCAGCUGUAAUAUUUUUGUAACUCUAUAGUAAAUUUAUCCUGAUUGACAACUUAACGGUUUCACUUCGAUAGAUUAUAAUAUACCGAAAAAUGACACGUUAAAUUGUAAUCAGUAUGUUCAGUUCACAAUAUUCGACGAUUAAAAUAUCGCGAGUGAGAUUAUAAACUAACGUAUUUUACAAUUUAACGGUGACAUAAUAGGCUAGGUGACACUUUUUUUAAAUGAUCUUAAAUAGUUCAUUAUCGUUCUGCUUAGAUUGAAAAAAAAAAUUCAUAUUUUUUCGAGACGUGAUUACAUGGAAAUUUUAGUUUUAACAUAUGUUUUUGACAAUACGAGCCAAAACGCCUGUUGGUCAUGAUGGUCUGUAUUACUACUGUUAAUACUAUUUUAGUACUAGUAUUAAUUCUACUCUAUACUAGUAUUAAUACUACCCUAUUAUAUCCAUUAUCCGUGUUACAACUGACGCCGUAUGUAGUGUAUGUCAGUUUUUUGUAAUUAUUUUGAUUGACAUUUCGAGUAGAUAAUAUUGUUGAAACCGAUGGGUAUGGUACACCCCUCUUAGAAUAAAAAAAAUGAGUUUCUGUUUUACUGACGGUCAUUCAGUUCUGAUUUAUUACUGUAUGAUUACUGUACUACAACAAUAAAAUGCAAAACUUCUGCGUGAAAUGGAAUAGCUCGUAAUGUAGGUAUAUCAAUUAUUAAAUAUUUAUUUCGAUCUCCUUUUUGUGCACUCUGACUUUUAAGUGGUAAGUUUUUUUUGUUGUUUCGAUGACAGAUUUAUGUUAGCGGACGCCCGCGCCUUCGAUUGCGCGGAAGUCCUUGAUUUUUGGAAUUGUUAUAGUCAGAUAAACUUUACAGAUAGACAUAUACCGUCGAUACAUACAUUAUUUUCACGUAACUUUAAUUGGACAGGAUUUUUUUCCCAUUUUUGUUCCAUUUUCAUCCUAGAUAUUAAUUAUAAUGUAAGCUUUUUCAAUUAAUGGACUUGUCCAACACAAUAUUUUUUCACUUCAUACUAGUAGUUUCAAAUUAAGGCGAUCAACAAAAUAAACAAAUAAACUAUUCAGCGUUAUAAUAUUUUUAUAGAUUGAUUAGAUUUCUGCUCUCAGGGCCAUAGUCCAUUAAACUGAUAUACCCCAAUUUAAGCGCAAUUCUAUCCUAGGCCUAUAUUAAUAGACGUUACUCAACUCAAUAACACAUAACACAAGUUCAGUAUUGAAUUCAUUACCACGUAAAUUAACAUCACGAAUAGUGUUAAUGCUACGGCCUCGUUAGGCCGGUGUGCUAGGAAUAAGUCGAUUUUGAAAGGGGUGUCGAAGGACCAGGCCUUUAUUGUUGGACCAAACUGUGUGGAAGGGCGUGGAUGAGCUGGGAAUCGGACUGACCUUUGAUGCUGGUGCGGAGCGACGCCGUUGAGGUGAUGACCGGCGGCAGUACUGCGGCUGGAUUUUUAUGGUGUCACGGCACUGAAUUGAAUAGGUUUGCGCGGAACACUGUUUUACACGCCACUCGAGUGGGAUUAUGUGCUGAUCAUUGGGGUUUUAUGCGUUUUUUCACUGAGACACUUGUAAAGGUGCGCGCGAGCCGACCGAAUUUUCCCAAGCGAGAUUUUCAAUAUGGCGGACGCGCUUCCAGAAAGUCCGUCUAUACAGUGUUGCCAUUUUUUGGAACGUCACGCGGUUGGCGUGAACAAAUAGGUAGAACUUCAAGUUCCAUAUUGAGUUACUCACUCUCUUAUUUUGUCUUACAUAAUAUACUAUACUGUUAUAUAUAUAUAUAACAGUAUAGUAUAUGUAAGACAAAAUAUUAAUUUGUACAAACGAAAAGGAGAUUUAAACCCACGUCUUACUAGACACGGGCAUAAGUUAGUUAUUUCUGCAUAUCGUCUCCAAAGAGUAAAAAAAUCUUUUGUAGGUUUGGGUGUACUCUUCUAUAAUAAGAUCCCCAAGACUGUGAUGGACCUGCCAAUGCAUAGCUUUAAGCAAUGUGUUAAAAAACAUUUACUUAGUCGAGGGUACUACAACAUUGAUGAGUUCCUUAAUGAUAAAGAUGCUUGGAGGCCGUUGGAUCAGUUUCUACCUUCACACAGAAAGUAAAACUAUAAGAACUGUAAACAGUAAUUGUUAUUAAUUGUAAAUUAUAAUACUGUAUGACUUUUUCAAAAGAGCAACUGUUGAGUUUCUUGCCGGUAUCUUCUCAGCAGAACCUGCCUUCCGAACCGGUGGUAGAAUCUUUACAAAUAGUCAACUGACGUGUCAAAAGUGCUUGUAAACUGAGCCUACUUGAAAUAAAUGAUUUUUGAUUUUGA